AUGUCGAGUUCUGCCUCUGGCGACUCUGGCGGUGGCCGUUCGAUGGAGUCACGAGUGGGUAGAAGCAAGCAACGAUACAACACUAAGGGUGAACGUCUCGUCGCUGGCAUCGUGCCUCUUACAGCCGACCUAAACUAUGUGAUGUUGAUCCAGUCUACCCGGCGCAAGGGCUGGGUUUUGCCCAAAGGUGGAUGGGAGUCAGAUGAGACUUGCCAGGAGGCCGCUGAGCGAGAGGCCUGGGAAGAAGCUGGUAUUACAGUUCAAAUCAGUUACGAUCUCGGUGAUAUCGACGAGAAGCGCCCGUCUAAAUCCGCAGCAAAAGACCGGUCAAGAUAUCACUUCUUCGAGGCUACGGUGACCGGCGAGUACGACGACUGGCCAGAGUCCCAUAAGCGAGAACGACAGUGGUUCACCUUCACACAGGCCUGGGAGGCGUUAUCAACAAGACCCGAGCUCCAAGAGGCAUUGCAGCGGUCUACCGUGAAUCGACUAUGA